GUUGUUGAUAAAAGGACCCUUGACCGCUUCCCACUUUGUUUUUGAAUUUACAGACCCUCAUCGCUGUAAGAACAUCGACGACGCGCUACUACACCCUCAAAAUCUACAGCCACCACCACCACCGCCAAGCGGGCUUGGCAUUACCACAGCUUUGCAGUGCAUUCAUUCAAGAUCCAUCCACGCCACAAUCUGUUUCCUUCCGUACCACCACCACCAUCAUGUCGGGAAAUAUGACGUUUCUCUUCCUUCUAGUGUUCACAUUUGCAGUAUGUCUGCCUGGCAAUGGUGUCUAUGCCUUUGGAGCAGGGAACAUACCGUCGUUCGCUUACAUGGAGGGCAAGGCAUUCCGCCAUGGAGAUAUCGAAGAUGCACUGGCAGAGCUGGUGAAGAAAGGAGCCGGAGGAUUCGCACUGGCUAGCAUUAUUGGGAAGGGUUCAAAAUUUGGCGGUCUUGACAUAAAACGCGUCUACUUUGGCAAUUGGCUUCGCGAUUACAGUCAGGCUGUCGAUAUUGCUGGCCUAAAGAAGCUGCCCCUUCAGACGAUUGUAAAUCUAUGCAUGGUGCUAGGUUUCAUGGCUCACGGAUAUGCCACGAACGAAUUUGAAGUCACCCCCGAACGCUUAGGAGUUUAUCUGCCCACUGAACAUAUCGACAACCCCAAAGGUUACGGAGAAGGGGAGGAUGCAAGGAAAUACCAUCCCAAACUGCGUGGACCCGUCGAUCCUAGAGAAAUCGAGAUUGACCAUCAAACUGGAAUGAAGAACUACAUUGCUAAUGAAUCCGGUGGCUGGGACACGAGCAAGGCUCUCGUUCGUCGUACACUCGAAAAGUGCAUUCAACUCGGUCGCCAGCAACGGGCGCAGGGCAGGAAGCAAGACGAAUACGAAGCAUAUCGCCUUCUUGGACAAGCCUUACAUACACUUGAAGAUUUCUCCGCUCACUCUAACUUCUGCGAAAUUGCUCUUGUUUCGAUGGGACACAAAGAUGUCUUCCAGCACGUUGGCGAUCAGGUAAGGAUUCAGGCACCCAAUGGUCAAUGGGUGGCGCCUAUCGUGACGGGGACGUUCGGCGGCAACGACUUCAUAUACUCCUUACUAGGAGAGGCUGGCGACAAGCUUAGUGAAGCAUCUGUGUCGGACCUGAACAAGAAGCUCGACGACGCAAGGUCCACCUCCAGUCGUUCCGGAGACUCCUAUGGCCCUGCCGGCGUUCUCCGAAGCAUGUUCACCUCCUUGCCUGGUGGCAUUGGUGGCGACUUGUCGCGGGACAUGGACAAUAUCGAACGAAUUCGAGCAGGAGCCGCUCAAGGCGGGAAGAGGCCAGAGGACAUGUCGCCUCAGGAAUUGCAUUCCGUGCUAUGGCAAGUAUUGAUCUUUAGAGACUCGAUGGCGAAGAAGAUUGAGAAGACUAUUGAAAAUAUACCCGGGCUUUCUGCCUUGAUUGAAAAAAUUAUGGAUGGGGUUUCUGGUAUCGUCUGGUCAAUAUUUUGGCAGAAGAGAGUUGCUGACAUACGUCGUUUCAAAGUCUUCGUCUUUUCAACAAUAGAGCCGUUCGUCAAGCCUCUGCUCCAAACCGCGACGGCAGGUUUAGCGGAAGCUUCAAGUGAGGUUAUCAACAGUCAUGAUCAAUAUGAAGUGUUCAAUGAUCCCCGCGCGUCGGAUCCAACACAUUCUCUUUUGAGUAAAGACCACUUCAACUUAAUACUCAAUGAGCCUGCCGGAGAGAUUGCCAAGGUCGUACUGGUGAAUACUGUUACACUGGUAACGAAGGCCUGGGACGACACUUCUGUAAACGUACAUCAAGCAACCGAAGAUAUCCUUUCAGCACUGUUCCAUCCCGAUUUCAUGACUAGUAACUCGAAAGUACAGAACGAAAUGAUGCAAUGCCUGCAAAAGUGGGUGCAGGGUCUCGGACCCAAGCAACACGAAAUCAUUGGCCGAUUGUCGAAGGAGUCCGUUCGGCAAGGGAAUAACAAGCGUUCAGCGGAUAGUAGCAAACCUUCUGCGGCACAAGAUAGUUUUGCGUGGAAUGAAGGCCAGCAGGCACAACACGCUUUGCUUGGAUACGCUAACCAGAUCCCGGGGGUGGCGCAAGCUCAGCAUCUCUUUGGCGGUGGAAGUGGUAGCAAGCGAGAAGGAGAUAACUUUUCGUCGCCUCCUUCUGCACCACCACCUUCAUCUGGAUACCCUGGAGCGCAUCACGGACACAGCCAUAAUCCAUCACCUGUUCCAUCAACGGGUCAGGCGUCGUCUUAUUAUGGAAGCGGAGCGAAUUCGCCGUCGUCUUACCAUAGUGGAGGAACGCAUUCACCUGCUCCAUCUUUCCCUGGAGCUGCGUCUGAGCCUUCAUUCCCUGAUGCACCGUCGUUACCCGGCGCUUCUCCUGCAGCCUAUGCCCCUCCUUCAGGGCCUCCGCCGACACAUCAUCAUCAUCAUCACCAACACCAUCAUCAAUCGGGAUACAACCCGUCGUAUUCGUCUGCGCCUUCGUUCCCUGGAGCGCUUUCGGAAGCACCCGCCUUCCCUGGAGCGGCUUCGGAGGCACCUGUCUUCCCUGAGGCUCCUCCUGCCUUCCCUGGAAGUGGUGGGGGAUAUGGGGGAUAUGGUCAACAUCCUCCAGGCGGCUUUGAGCCGCCUCUAGGUCCUCCUCCAGGUGGCGUUCCUUCGUUCCCUGGAGCAGAGCCGUAUGGUGGUUACCCUCCGCACGGACAAGGCCCACCACGCUUUCCUGGAAGUGGAUGGUAGAGUGUGGCGAUUUUCGGAUCAGAGAUAAUUGAAACUCGGAUGUUACGGGCGAUUAUUUCUUAUGUUACAGUUUUUAGGAGUAUAGAACAGUCGCUUUGUGAAGGAUUAUCAGUACGCUCUGUAGUGAAUGAAUAGUUGUGGCUGGGUAGUCACCGUGUCGCCGUCACUGAGCAUUGUUGAUUGCGGGGUGAAACAUGUACACAGCAUCGAGGCUCACAACAUGGAUGGGAGAUCAUCAGGCUCGGGAUGAUUUGAAAGAUACGGAUAGUAC